AAAUAGUCUAUAAUAGACUUAUUUCUAGGGGAUAGUAUAUAUGCACCUGUCCUUGGGCAAUGACUUAAUACAAAGUGAUCGUUAAUUCGAAUCAUAACGGUGUUUGCUUUCUGUCUGCCUAAUUAACUUUAGUUCACAAGCUCUAAUUUAUGAACACUUCUUCGUACACGACCUGGCUGCAUAGAUCAUGUUUGCCGCGCAUCUUUCAGCAUGAUCAUAUCCCUGUCGUUAGGCCCUCUCCACCUGAUGUGACGUUGCCCUCUCCACAGUUAGGGGCUCGGGGCAGGGAAAAUCGCGCCUCGGGCUACCAGCAUAACAGGCGCAGGCCAUCAGCAAACAGCCUCAGCCGACCGAACAAUCAUAUCAUAGCUGCACGAACCAAGAUGGCUGCCCCCACCACCAGCCCUGCGGCAGUUCAAGCAUCAGAUUCAGGAGCAGAAACACGGAAUCAGAAUCGGUCAGAUAGGUGGUGCUACUGUUGCUGCAUACAGACAAAGCGAGACACAAGCAUACGUACACUUAGCGCAACCGGAGACUGCCUUUACAACGGUCAUAGGCCCUCUACACACUGACUUCACUAGCCACAACCACUCCACCAAACGCUGUUGGAAAGAGCGAUUGUGAAGUGCAGUCGUCCGAGAUGCUGUGGUACAAGACGGUGUGAUUUUUGCGUUUUGUGUACCCUCAAGAAUAUAAUUUGACAUCAUCAUCGAACACCAUAUCGUGCACCUGAAUGUGAAGUGCUUCGUGAUGGCUCGAAUUCUAAGUCUGCAAUCUGUACGAAAGAAAAAUUAUUUACACAAGUUACGAUCCUGAUGGCUGUAACUCAUAUCGGAUGUAGCUUGACGUGAGUGGAUUGGGUACUGAUUAGUGACCAGUACAGAGCGUUAUCGACGGCAUCUCAAGUAUCGACAAACAGAAAAUAUCGAGAGCAGAUGUGUGAACAGAUGUGGUUUAAUGCGCCGAAGCUUACCACGAGAAGCUCGUGCCGAAGUAUGUGGGAACUCGUGAACUAUAUUAAUAACAACGGAUUUUUGUUAUAUCGGAGGCUCUCAAUCCGUUUAAUGGCCCAGUGUACGUCCUCUAUCGGAAUUUUGUUUAUUCUGAUCGGAUUAGCAAUAAUACUACCAGGAGGACACAGCGCGCCGAAAAGAAAACACCCACAUGGAGGAAAGCCUAAUAUUAUUCUGAUUGUCACGGACGAUCAGGAUAUCGAACUCGGCUCAAUGAAUUUCAUGCCGCACGUUCGACGUCACCUGGAGCGUGAAGGUGCAUAUUUUCCUCAUGCGUACGUGACUACUCCAAUGUGUUGUCCAUCACGUAGCAGUCUCCUUACUGGACUUUACGUUCAUAAUCAUAACGUCUAUACUAAUAAUAGAAAUUGUAGCUCCCCACAGUGGCAAAGAGCUUUCGAACCGCGAACAUUCGCUGCGGUUUUGCAAAAGUCUGGUUAUCAAACGGGCUACUUCGGCAAGUACCUCAACGAAUACAAUGGCAAUCACGUUCCUGUCGGAUGGAAGGAAUGGUUAGGACUUGUCAGAAAUUCAAGGUUCUAUAACUACACUGUCAGUGUCAAUGGGAAUAAGGUGAAACAUGGUGACUCAUAUCAGCGAGAUUAUCUGCCCGACCUUAUAACUAAUCAGUCACUCUCGUUCCUUCGAAGGUCAAAGCAGUUUUAUCCGAACAAACCAGUGCUCAUGGUGAUGGCCUUUCCCGGACCUCACGGACCUGAGGAUUCAGCGCCUCAGUACCAACAUCUCUUCCUUAAUGAAACCAAUCAUCGAACACCUUCUUGGAAUCAUGCUCCCAACUAUGAUAAACAAUGGAUCCUGCGGCAUACGGGCAAGAUGCAGAACGUUCAUAUAAAGUUUACGGAUAUUCUUAACACAAAACGACUGCAGACCCUACAAACAGUGGACGAGUCUGUAAAUCGAGUCAUAGAAGAGUUACGUAAGCUCAAGGAAUUGGACGACACGUUUAUCAUAUAUACGUCUGAUCACGGCUAUCACCUAGGGCAGUUUGGACUAGUAAAAGGAAAAGCGAUGCCGUUCGAAUUCGACGUGCGAGUACCUUUCUACGUUCGUGGACCAAAAAUCUCUAGAGGUAUUCAAGUUCCAGAACUAAUCGCUAACAUUGAUAUCGCACCGACACUUCUAGAGAUCGCAGGCGUCCCGGCCGACGUGUCCAUGGAUGGCAAGUCAAUUCUGCCGCUGCUCAUGCAGAAGAUGGGGCGACGAGUAACCACCUGGAGGGAUUCUCUCCUAAUUGAAAAGGGGAAAAUCAGCUCUCGGGAGCGCGAGUCAUUUUCAUUGCGGUCAGUCGAGAGUGCAGGCUUUAACAACAGUGAAGCCAGUUCAAAUUCAUGGACUGCUAUAGAUUCCGCCAAACCCUUGCCUAUCAUCCGGUGCUACCCUGACGGUAAGUUCCCUUCCCCGUGCAGACCUGGACAGAGAUUCGAAUGCGUCCGACGGACCGGUUUGGGUGCGGCCGACGAACAGCAGUGGACGCUACUUCGAUGUGGUCGCCUCAAUAGGAGCCGCAAACAACGCUGUCGCUGCAAAAGCAACGGUCGCAACCAUAAGAAUUUCUCGAUUGAAGGCGGCGGCCGAAAUAAAUUUAUUAUGGAUGACGAUCUCCGUCGCUUCCGUAGUGGUAGUGAUAGUAGUCGUAGCAUUAACUUUCGGCGAGCGGUGGCCACAUACCGUCGUCAGUUGUCACGAAACCGUAGGGAGUACCUAAUGCAGCGGAUGUCGUUGAUUCAUGGCCCCCCAAGUGCCAGGCUGGGUUUCAGUGGCGAAAUUCUCGAGGACGAAACACUGUUAGGCACUACCGGCGAUGGCACCAAGGAGCUGGUAAACUGUGUAAAGUUCUCGAACAAUCAAUCGGUCAUCUGCCUCGGAAGUAACGACGAAGCUUACAGAGAUCCGCGCCUAUGGGAGCAAAAAAAGGAACGCGUUGACGUCCUGAUAAAUAGGUUUCGCCAAAAACUCAACCAACUCAAGGGGCUACGGACAACGCUCCGACGCUAUCGGCCCCCGGGCGUCAAAGGAUCAUCAUCGGGAGCCAGCAGCAGCAGUCAAAGACAUGUCAAUCCAUCGGACAAUUAUAAUAAUCAUAAUACCAAGAACGGCGGUACCGGCCAAGUCUAUAACGCAGACGUCGACGAUUUUGAUUUGGACGAUUUGGAUAAUACUAAUGGGAGGUGUUUUUGUCGAGAUCGUUCAAAAAAGAAAAGGCAACGAAAAAAAGAUAAAUUUGCCAAUACAUCAUGCAGUGCGAUCGGUCAAGACAUUGAUAAGAUGAAUUGCUUCAGCCAUGAUAAUGACCAUUGGAAGACACCCCCGCUGUGGACAGAUGGUCCUUUCUGUUUUUGUCAAAAUGCCAACAACAACACAUUCUGGUGCGUGCGGACAGUAAAUCGAACGCACAAUUUCCUCUACUGCGAGUUCAUCACCGGAUUCGCCAGCUUCUAUGAUUUACGUACUGAUCCCUAUCAAUUACGGAAUACUAUCGACCAAGUUCCCCGUCGUGAUCUAGAGCAAAUGCGUACGUCUUUAAAACGUCUUAGGAGGUGUAACGGUGCUAGAGAGUGCACCGUACGAUAUCGGCCACCAAAAACUGCGCAGUCGAUACACAACGCUGAUUCAUAUUCCGAUGUAUCACUGCCCAGAAGUUACACUGGACUACGAGGUCCCCAUUACCCUUCGUAUCAUCAUUCUGCGCCGUACCUCAAUAUCAAAAACAAUUCCGCCAAUAACAACCCAAACGGCAGUGCUUACAAUAUCACCAUAACUACUUGGGAUAAUCUGCUUCGAAGAAACAUUAAUAGCUUUUCCCACGAACAACAGGACGACACCAAAAAUUACCACCAUCGCCGUCCUAACCGUGAUGACAAUAAAAACCUUGCUGAUUAUAAUUAUUAUACUGGCAACAACAACGACGACGACGACGACGAUGACGACGACGACGACAGCAACAACAACAACAAUAACAACAGCAGCAGCAGCGACAACGAAAGUAAUGACGCUGGCGGCAGCGAUGUGGAAAAUGGAGCGUGACGAUGGCGCGACCUAAAGGUUACUAGUGAGAGUAGUUUCACAAACAGGCACCGUCGUUAUCGACGCGACCCUCGUUCUUCCGUUCAAAUUACAUCCAAAUAUAUAUAGUAGCUUAAUACUCAGCCGUCGCAAGAAACAGCGGUGAGAUCAGCUGCUGCCAGUUUGAACGCCAUCCAGCCAAAUUAGUCAGACAUCGUCUAUUUCGCGUAGCGCCUUCAACGGAACGCGAGUACUAAUCUAUCAUCGUUAUAAUGCGCUAGUAAUCGAAGGUCCGACGUAAAUUUUUAACGCCAAAUAAUCAAACUGCGUAUCAAUCGGCACGAUUCAUUCAAAGUAGUGCAAAGUGGCAUUCACGUAGUUUUGAAAAAGCGCGCUCAACCAAAUAUUACACAGUCAUAUUACUGUAAUACUGCCUCAGUAGAGAGGCCGCAUUCAGGGCGAAUUAAGUGGUAAAAAGAAUUGAUUCGUACAACGAUCUUCAGUGGAAACACGCGAGUGAUACCACACACAAACAUCAGCACAGCAGUAGAAAAUUAGAAAAUGGAAACUCGAUCUUGGCAUAGUCGUGUACUAACGUUUAUCCACCUUGAUGUCAACGACCUAUACCCUCAUAUUCACAGGUAUAUGAUAUACUCGCGUUCAAAUGCACGUUAGAUGUAAAUGGACCCCUUGUGAUCGCUUUUAACAUGUAGAUAAUGUUCAUUGUUUCAUUGGAACAACACAUAAAAUGAAAAAAAAAAA